CCCCCUCAGCUAGCCAAGCUCUGAAAGACAGAAUCAGCUGCAGAAGGAGAAAAACCCAAACCACUGCCUGCUACCCACUACUCCCCUGGCUGGACCAAGGGAGCGCAGGGGGGACCAUGGCCAGUACAGAAUCCUCACUGCUCACAACCCCAGGCCCCAGCUCAGAUCCUGGCAACAGUGAGGUGGACUGCUGGUUUGAUGAGGAGUUCAAGUUCAUUCUGCUGCCUGUGAGCUAUGCGGUCGUCUUCGUGCUGGGUCUAGGCCUUAAUGCGCCGACUCUCUGGCUUUUCGUCUUUCACCUCCGACCCUGGGAUGCAACGGCCACUUAUAUGUUCCACUUGGCCUUGUCAGACACUUUGUACGUGUUGUCGCUACCUACCCUCAUCUACUAUUACGCGGCCCGCAACCACUGGCCCUUCAGCACUGAGCUCUGCAAGUUCGUCCGCUUCCUUUUCUACUGGAACCUCUACUGCAGUGUGCUUUUCCUCACCUGCAUCAGUGUGCACCGCUACCUGGGCAUCUGCCACCCACUGCGGGCACUGCGCUGGGGCCGCCCGCGCCUUGCCAGCCUUCUUUGCCUGGCCGUUUGGUUGGUUGUUGCCAGCUGCCUUGUGCCCAACCUGUUCUUUGUCACAACCAGCUUCAACGGACAUACCAUACUGUGCCAUGACACUACUCGGCCUGAGCAUUUUCACCACUAUGUCCACUUCAGCUCAGUAAUCAUGGUGCUGCUCUUCGGUGUGCCCUGCCUGGUCACUCUUGUCUGCUAUGGGCUCAUGGCCCGGCGCCUGUAUCGGCCUUUGCCAGGAGCCGCCCAGUCGUCUUCUCGUCUGCGUACUCUCCGCACCAUUGUGGUGGUGCUGAUUGUCUUCGCUGUCUGCUUCGUUCCUUUCCACAUCACCCGCACCAUUUAUUACAUGGCGAGGCUAUUGGAAGCUGAUUGCCGGGUGCUGAACAUUGUCAACGUGGCCUACAAAGUGACCCGGCCUCUGGCCAGUGCCAAUAGCUGCCUGGAUCCUGUGCUCUACCUGCUCACUGGGGACAAGUAUCGAAGGCAGCUCGGGAAGCUCUGCAGUAGUGGCACCCCCCAGCCCCCCAAAGCUUCCGGCUCCCUGGCGCUGGUGUCCCUGCCUGAGGAGAGCAGCUGCAGGUGGACAGUCGCCCCCCAGGACAGUGGCUGCCCUACCCCUAGGGAAGAUAGAUUGUAA